AUGCUAAAUGAGAUAAAAUCUUCAUCAGCAUUUCAAGGAGGACAACGUCAAACAAAACCAAUUCGUCGUUUUCUUCGAAAAUUUUCUAAUGAUUGGUCGAUGGAUUUUUCAGCAAUGUUAGCGUACAAUUUAUUAAUUACUCUUCUUCCAAUUGCUGUUGCAUUAUUUGGAAUUUUGGGUUUAGUCUUGAAAAAUUAUCCUGAUACACAAAAAGAAGUUAAAGAUAAAAUUAUUCAUUUAUUUCCAUCUGAUAAUACGACACAAGGUGGAAUUAAACAAGUUGUUGAUCUUGCCUUUAAUCAAUUAUCAAAAGAUGCUGGUUUAAUCUUAGCUAUUGGCAUAUUUUUUGCAUUAUUUGGUGCAUCUCGUUUAUUUAUUGCUAUUGAUAAAUGUAUGACUAUUGUCUAUCGUUUGCCUCAACGAACAUUUCUUCGACAGAAUAUGUUAGCUUUUGGAAUGCUUUUCUUCUUUAUAAUUAUUAUUCCAAUAAUUCUUGCGGCUAGUUCAGCUCCAUCAGCUUUAUUAAGUUUUAUUCCAGGCGGUGGUGGCCGUUUUGGAACAUUUCUUGCUGGAAUGCUUUUCUCAUUAAUUGUAGCAUUUAUUUUCUUUGAAAGUAUUUAUUGGUUUGUACCAAAUAAAAAAAUGUCAUUUAAAGUCACAUGGUGUGGAUCAUUAGUUGCUGCUGGUACACUUGAAAUAUUUAUUAUUUUAUUUCCAUUAUAUGUAAGACGAUUUAUGGGAAAUUAUGCAGGACAAAUUGGUUUUGCUGUUAUUCUUCUUCUCUUCUUUUUUUAUUUUGCUACCAUUCUUAUUUUGGGAGCACAAAUAAAUGCUUUCUUUUUUGAACAUUACAAACCAUUAGUUGAUGGAUUGGGUACAUAUUUAAGUUAUAUGCAUGACGAACAUGGUGUUGGAGAUCAAAGAAGACCUUUGUGUGAACAUAGAACCGAUAUACAACCAACAACAGCAACCGAAAGAGCAAUGACAAGUCAAUCAUCACCUAGACAUAUAUGGUUUAAUAAAUUAUGCCCAUCAAAAACGACUUCAUCAACAGAACAAGACAGAGACGGAGAACAUAUGAUUUAG